GACUGAAACAGAAAAAAAACACUAUACCAAAGCAGAUAUGGAGCAGGCAUCAGAUGAUGAGUUGGACCAUGCUGCUGAAGAAGACAGCGAUAAGGAGGACCAGGAUCUGGACAAGAUGUUUGGCGCCUGGUUGGGAGAACUGGACAAGCUCACAGAGAGUUUGGAUGAUGGGCAUCCUGAGAAAAUGCAGAAAGCUCCUCUCAGACAGGAAACAAACCUUGCCAACUUCUCCUACCGUUUCUCUAUGUACAACAUCAACGAAGCCAUUAACCAAGGUGAGACAGUGGACCUGGACGCCCUCAUGGCUGACCUGUGUUCAAUAGAACAAGAGCUCAGCACUAUCGUCAAACCCAUGAGCAAGACCUCAGAUGGCAAAUCUAGACAAAGACCCACAGGCCGCUCGGCCAGCACCAAACACACCGGAGGGGGCAGCAGUGGAGGAAGCACCAGCAGCAGCACCAGAGCUUCUCCUGCUUCCACCGUACGCGGUGGCAGCAGCCAGUCACGGCCCCUGGCCUCCAACAUCUCCCUGGAAGACAUCACCGCUCAGCUAGAAAAGGCAUCCCUGAGCAUGGACGAGGCAGCGAGGCAGACUUCUGAAUCUUCCUCCUCAUCCUCCUCCUCAUAUUCAUCUGCAACUCUGUCUCACCCGCCUUCUAACACACAUCAUCGCCGCACAGGAUCGGUUGGUACGGUCAGUGACCAGGAAGUGCGCUCGAUCGGUCAUUCGUCCAGGUCAAGCAUCAAUUCUGCCUCGGCGUCCAGCAUGGACUCACUGGACAUUCGAGGGCAGGAGAAUGAGGUGCAGUCACAGAAUCAGAACCAAAGCCAGCCUAGCACAGAGCACUCGUAUCUGGACAGGGAGACCUCUCUGAUUCUGAAAAACAUUGCAGGAAAACCCUCUCACCUGCUGACCAAGGAGGAGCAGGCUGCCAAAGCGAAGGCUGAGAAAAUCCGUGUGGCACUAGAGAAAAUUAAAGAAGCCCAGGUGAAAAAGCUGGUGAUACGUGUACACAUGUCAGAUGAGAGCUCAAAGACCAUGAUGGUGGAUGAGAGGCAGACGGUCAGGCAGGUGCUGGACAGUCUGCUGGAUAAAUCUCACUGUGGCUACAGUCCGGACUGGGCUCUGGUUGAGACCAUACCUGAGCUACAGAUGGAGAGAAUUUUUGAAGACCAUGAGAACCUGGUGGAGAACUUGCUCAACUGGACCAGAGACAGUCAAAACAAACUCAUGUUCAUUGAACGGAUUGAAAAGUAUGCACUUUUCAAAAAUCCACAGAACUAUUUACUUGGGAGGAAGGAGACCUCUGAGAUGGCAGACAGAAGCAAGGAGGCACUGCUGGAGGAAUGUUUUUGUGGAAGCUCAGUGUCUGUUCCUGAAAUCGAGGGAGUGUUGUGGUUGAAGGAGGAUGGCAAAAAGUCUUGGAAGAAGCGCUACUUUCUUCUGAGGGCAUCUGGCAUCUAUUUUGUGCCGAAGGGCAAAGCCAAGGCUUCAAGGGAUUUGGUGUGCUUCCUGCAGUUGGACCAUGUUAAUGUUUAUUAUGGUCAGGACUACCGGAGCAAGUACAAGGCCCCCACUGACUACUGCCUGGCUCUCAAGCACCCUCAGAUCCAGAAGAAGUCACAGUAUAUCAAAUACUUGUGCUGUGAUGAUGUCAGAACUCUACACCAAUGGGUCAAUGGCAUUCGUAUUGCUAAGUAUGGGAAGCAAUUGUAUGUGAACUAUCAGGAAGCCAUGAAGCGCACAGAGGCUGCCUAUGACUGGUCUUCUCUCUCCAGCACCAGCAUCAAGUCGGGAACAAGCUCAGUCAGUAUACCUGAGUCACAGUCAAACCACUCUAGCCAGGCAGACAGUGGUAUGUCAGAUGGUACUUCAUCCUCCCAUGCCCGCUCCCAGAGUGUAGUCAGUUCAAUCUUCUCUGAGGCCUGGAAGAGAGGGACACAAAUAGAGGAGAGCACAAGGGCAAGGCCAGAAUCAAUCCGUUCUACCCAUUCAAGCCAUAGCAGCCAUUUGCAGUCACAGCCUGUACCACCUCCACCUCCCAUAAUGCCAAUGCAGUCACAGCCUUUACCACCUCCUCCUCCCAUAAUGCCCUUGCAGUCACAGCCUUUAUCACCUCCUCCUUCCAUAAUGCCUGUGCAGUCACAGCCUUUACCACCUCCUCCUCCCAUAAUGCCCAUGCAGUCACAGCAUUUACCACCUCUUCCACCCAUAGUGCCAAUCCAGUCACAACCCCUGCCACCUCCUCCACCCAUAGUGCCAAUCCAGUCGCAGCCUUUCCCACCUCCUCCACCCCCUCUUCAGGCUAAUAGCCUUACCCCUCCUCCACCAACCUUUACAGUACAGGCACAUUUCAUAUCCAAUGGACACAAGCAGGUCCUUGCCCACAAAUUUCCCAAUGUACCCCAGGAUGUAAUACCACCAGCCAAUCAGAUCCAUUCACCUCUCCCUCCACCACCACUACCAUCAGCACCUACACUCCCUCCUCAACAGCAUACAGCUCCAAAUCCACCACCACCGCCUCCUCCACCACCUCCAUCAGCUCCCAUGCAGCUGCCAAUUCAUCCUGCAGUUUUGCCCAAAACUUUCACUGGUGGAUUUCCACCCCAGACAGCACCAAAACCUUCGUAUGGCAUUCUUCCGGUAUCCCCAGUAGCUCCAUCACCUCAAACUCCAGCACCACCACCACCACCUCCUCCUCCACCACCUCCAGCACCAUUGAAGAACCAACCCCCACAUACACUACCCAAGCAACACAGCAUCUCCAAGACACUACCCUUCUCCAGCCAAACCUCAUCAGUGCCAUCUCUGGUUAAGCAGCUUGCUAGCCAGUUUCCUGUUGCAUCUCCUGCAAUGACCAAUCAAACUGAGUCACAAAGUCACAAAACUCCUCAGUCCCCACCUGCAGUGAAGGCUAAACCAAAAUGGCAGCCUGUAGGUCAAGGCCAGCAGCAACAGAGGUCACCUGAAUUUCCACCGCCGCCUCCAGAGAGUACCCUUGCCUUUCCUUCACCACCACCACCUCCUCCUCCUCCUCCUCUUCCUAUGUCAGGCUCCCCUAUCAUAAAAUCCCCCUCUGGCUCAUCUGCAGGGGUCAAGAAACCUCCACUGACUCCUCAGCGCAACUCCAGUGUGAAGUACAAUGCCUCUGUGGAGUACCAGGAUUCCCGCAGGAACUUGGUGAGCAAGUUAAACCCUAGUUCUGCUUCAUCAUCGACAACAACCUCUAGUAGCUCACCCUCCAAGGAGCUUUCUACAGGUCCUCGUGCACCCCCCAAUCCAGGGAAGCUCAAUCUGUCAAAUCUUCCUUUGGCUUUGCAGAACAAAUUGAAUCAGAACCGCCAAUCGACUGCAGAUUUCCCAUCCCCUCCACCCCCAGAAAAUGACAUCUUCCCCCCUCCCCCACUGGAGUCUGACCUUCCUCCACCACCGCCCCUUCCAGGUGAUCCAAAUGGUUUGUCUCCGAAGGUGGCUGUGGUCAAUCCUCAGCCCCAGCCUGCUUGGGGCAAGAGUUCCCUGAAGAAGACGCAACCUCCAGCAUCAAUUCGCUGUAGCAACACUAUUAGAGGGUCUCCACCACUCUCACCCCCUUCCAUAAAAGGGUGCCCUAUUCCCCCUUCUUCUUCCAAAGGCACCACACAGCCAAACUUCUUGGAGGACCUUAACAAGACACUGAAACGCAAGUCCUCGCGAGUCUCUGGAGACAAAUUGGACCCUGUGGCCACAAUGGAUGACAUGGCUUUGCCACCACCUCCACCUGAGCUUCUGCAUGAUCAACUGAGACACAGUGGUAGUGGCUUCAUGUCCGGGAAUAUCUCAGGCUAUGCAACGCUACGGCGAGGGCCGCCUCCUGCCCCACCCAAGCGGGACCACAGCACCAAACUCACAAACUAGAAAACUGCAACUUUUCCUGGACACUCUUGCUUGCUAUUUUCAUGUCUGUGUCAUAGAGUUGUAGAGGAGAAAGCCAUCAUUUUGUUGAUAUGCUCAGCUUUUUCUGUACAAAACAGCUCAAGAAGUUUCAGCUUUACUGUGACUUUGUGACAGUGCAUAAGUUCCAGUUCCAAACAACUGAGUGAUUCCACUUCAACACCUUGGUACUGCAUGGAAGACAAAACUACAUUAAACUAUUAAUCUUAUUGUUUUUUGGGAAGACAAACGUUUUGAACUUUGGGGU